AUGUCAGCACGUGUAAUUAAACUAGAUUUUAUAACGGACAAUGAAUGUUACAUUAACUGUCCUAACAAGAGAACUGCUUAUGAAUGGCAUUUAAAUGAUAGAAAUGAUUUUGCAUUGAAAAAGGCUAAAAAAUUUCGUUUACAAUACCAAAAACUAUAUGUUACAAGACACUGGCUGCUCACAGUUCUCCUGAGAUUAAAUACAACAGUCAACGAUUUGGUUUAUGCAAUUCGAAAGGGUUAUCUGGACGAUAUCAAUAUGCUAGCAGAUCCAACUACUUGGGAAGGCAUCAUCGAAGAUCUUAAAACUGCUAGUGCAGAGAAUGAACCAAUGUAUAUACUUCGAGCUUACACUCGUUCACAAACUUUCAGCAAACAAAUCAAUAGUGACAUGGCUAAAGAUACCUAUCAUGAACUCAAACUUUACUGUACACCCCUUAACUGUAAUGUACUAGCACGUACACAAGAUGGCAUUCAGGCUUUCGUUGCUAUUCUAUUCCACCCGAAAUUAGAUAAAUACUUAUCUAAAGGAAAUUUCACCGUGUACCGAGGCUCCAUUAUUGAUAAUGCAAGUGUAUUGGAAGGAUAUGAAAACGGUUCCAUAAUUAUAACUACCACAUUUCUGUCGACUUCAAAAAAUCUGGCAGUUGCUGAGGUAUUUGCUGAUCCUGAUUCGAAACAAACAAAUCAGUUAUCACUUUUAUGUGAAUAUAACAUUCAUAAUUAUCGACGCACAGCUCUGGAAAUAGAAACAAUUUCAGACAAGCCAGAUGAAGAGGAAGUCUUAGUUUAUCCGUAUGUUCCAUUCCAAAUUCGGUCAUUUAAUAGAAAAAUAAUGAAACAGACUGGAAAUGAACGAAUCGAAGUAAUCUUGGAAGAAAUCGACGACGACAAGAUGAAUGAUAAUAGUGAGGACAUUAGUAUGGAUAGUUUGCACUAA